GAAUGUUUCAAGUUGGUUAUUGUUAUGUGGCCUGUUAUAUUUGGUGUCGGUUAUAAAUAUCCUUUUCUAGACAAUAGUAUGUUUUCAGGUGACGCGAAAAUGGCAGAUAUUACUUUAAAUUAUCGUGUUAGCAGUGAUUAUUCAAUUAAUAUUCCCCCAAAUACAACAGUAGCCAACCUUAAAAAUAUGAUUAGAAAUAACGUUCUUUUUACCGAUUUUGAUCUCUAUAUAAAUGAUACUGCUCGAGAA